AUGACCGCGACGCGCCGAAUCCAGCGGCGUGGGUCACGGUGCCACCGCGUCCCGCGGCGCGUCCUGUUCACGUCCCACGCCGUGCUCGCUCUCAUCUUAGUAGCCGCUGGAGGCUGCUUCUUUAAUGGCGGUGGCAUGCGCGGCGUGUCCGCCGCGCCGGUCCCCGUGGCGGCUUGCUUCAAGUCGACGUUACCUGGUUACACGAACGCCGCCGCUCUCUCACGGAAAGGGCUAGUGCUACACUGGAAGAACGUCAACCCAACUACCAUCGAUUUCGCGUUGGAGGCAAAAGCUGCGAGUGGCGCGCACAAGGGCUGGAUCUCCGUCGGAUUCUCCAAGGCGGGCAAGAUGACCGGCUCGGAUGCGGUGAUCGGCAACCUGCCUCGGCCGAACGUGAUUGGUCCGUACUUCAUGGCGAGCAUUUCGAAGUCGUCGGUAACGAGGACGAACAAGUUCGCGAUCACAAAGACGAGCGUGGUUACCAACCCCCAGGGAACCAUCAUGAAGUUCACCCGCUCUGGCCCUAAGGGUACUGUCCCUGUGAAGUACACUGGGAAGAACUUCAUUCUGUGGGCCUAUUCCGCCACUGGCAAGUCCAAGACCCUGGACAACCACACUCCAAUGAACAGAGGUGCCGUGUCUAUCAACUUCGGCUGCAAGGUGUAA